ACCCAUCUCAUUCCUUUCCCCACUAGGAACAUAGAAAGAGCGAGCAAAAGUAGACAAACGGAAGAACCAAGCAGUACGCCAUAUCCCCAUCAUCCAUCCAUGGUGAAGAGUAGCAGCAGCAGCAGCAGCAGAGUCCUUCACACUCCCAACUCUCCCAUCCCACUCCCCAAGAAGCCCACCACCACCACCAACCUCCAGCCAAAGGUGGAAGGUAUUAGGAAGAGGCCAUACAAGGGAGUGAGGAUGAGGAGCUGGGGUUCCUGGGUCUCAGAGAUAAGGUCACCCUACCAGAAGACCCGGAUCUGGCUGGGCUCCUACUCCACCCCUGAGGCCGCUGCCAGGGCCUACGACGCCGCCCUCCUCUGCCUCAAGGGCUCGUCGGCCGCCCUCAACUUCCCCACCUCCCUCCCCUACCACCCUCCCGAUCAUACUACUACUAUCAUGUCCCCAAAGUCCAUCCAGAGAGUCGCUGCCGCCGCUGCCAACGCCGCCACCCCCACCACCUCCACGCCCUGCCCUGCGAUCUCCCCAUCGCCUUUUCCUCCCUCCCCUUCAUCAUCUCCAUCUUCGCCAUCCGAUACCACCGAAGAUUCUCCAUCAUCCACCACGACGACGACGAGGAGGAGCUGCAUGGUGAGCGCCAUGGAAGAGGACUCGUGGAUCGACUUCGGAGCACUCCAGUUACCCAUAUUUGUGGAUCAACUCAUCAACCCAUCGAUCUCUCCAUGGGAGGAGUUGGAUGAGGAGGUAGACUUCAAACUAUGGAGCUUCUGCUAGAGAAUGAGAUAUGAUCUCAUCGCAUGUUCUUCUCUCUCUAUAAUUAGAUGAGAUCUAGAGGAGGUGAUACUGACAGUAGGGAGGUGACCUCGAUGGUCUUAAUCUAUUUGAUUCGAUUUUAUUUCUAAUAGGUAAAGAUUCUAUAUAUGGAGCUACCUGCAGGUUUUAGGUUCUUCCCUGGAAUUUCUAAAAUUGCACACAAACACAGGGUUCUUACCAUCGGAUCAUUUCACUGUCGCAUGGAGCAAGUUCACUUUUAUUUCUAUGGAUGUAUGGAUUCCAGUCGUAACUUGGGAAAGAGGCUAGCGAUCAUCAGGGAUCCUUUUCCUAAAAAGAAACUUCGAAGAGAAUAAAUCCAGAUUUCUUUUUUUUUUUCUUUUGUUAAAUAAUCCAGGUUUCUUUUUCAUGAGGAGGUGGAAAUGGCCGUUGGAUCGACAUAAUGGAUGGAGGUGGAUGGCUCUUUGGUGGGAUGGGAAAGGGGGAUCACUAUUGUACUGAGACUUUGGUGGUACAGUUUCUUUAGUUGUGUCUCCUUUGGAACAUAUUCCCAUGAUUCAAAGCAUCCAAAUGCGUCCUUAUGUCAUCCAAACUUUGUACCCGUAAUAUUGCUUUACGCCAAUGCAUUAUUGUUGACACUGCAGAACAGCCAAAAUCAACGAAAUCGAAUAAAUUUUCUACCUUUUACUUGAUCACUUUUAAACUUUUUAUCUUCCAUUUUUUGUUCCUUCUAGAUUUUUGUUUGUUGCCACCUCCAUUCUUCUCCUUCUUUCUUUUUUCUUUUUUUUUUUUGGAGAUCAUUGCACACCUGCAUACUUAUAUACGUACGUGCAUAUAAUACUCACAUGUAUGUGUAUAUGGGAGGGUAAUUUUGUUUUCAAGACAUAGCCAAGCUGGUUUUCUCCACCUGUGGAUGACAAGAAUAUCCCUGUAAACUGAGCUAGAUAGUUAUACUUGCAUUUGGAUGCUUUUGUAUUUGGUAGAUAUAAUUAACAUGCUAAAAAGUGAAAUAAUUGAUGCAGAAAACUGCAUUAAUUCAUGAGAGAAAUACUACCAUAGAUCUAUAGUUAAAUAUUCAUAUAUACACACACACACACACAUAUUUAUUAUACUCAAAGGGAGAGUGAUCAGACUAUCCAUUUGUACCGAGACCACUUCUACUUGGAAGGUCUGUUUUGUAAAAAAUAAUUUCUAUAUUUUGCUCUCUGCAAUAAAAUUGGAUAUAUGGUUUCAU